AUGAUGGUGAAUUAGGGUUAGAAAGAUUGCAGGAAAUGUUUAAAAUUGUAUUUUACUUUAAUAAAAGGUGGCGGAGAUCAAGAUUUCAAGGUUUUUACAUUAGAAAUCAGGGUUUUAAUGGAAUUUAGAGGCAAAGAUAAGGAAAUGGAGAUGCCAACUCUUUUAGUUAUAAUAAUAAUCUCAAUAGAUAAUCUUGCUUAAAAGUCUCAUCUUCUACUGCACCUAUAUAUAUAGUAUAUACCAACCCAGAACCCUAGAUCACCACACUGAACCGAACUCAGCAUCAAAUAGACGACCGGGAAUGGAUUCGGACCAAGACCCAGAUCCGGUUUCAGCUUUAAUUCCACAGCCCCCGACGGACGAUGGUCAUUUGAUCAGAUAUAGCGAAUGUUUGAAGAACCACGCGGCCAGCAUGGGCGGCUAUGUCGUCGAUGGCUGCGGAGAAUUCAUUCCAAGCGGCGAAGAUGGCACCGAGGAAGCCUUGAAAUGUGCGGCCUGUGAAUGCCAUAGGAAUUUUCAUAGAAAAGAAAUCAACGGCGAAUUGCAGUAUCCUCAUCCUCAUCAACAACCAACGCCUCUUCGUCAACAAAGAUUUCCCCUUGGAUUGUCAAACAGUACCACUCCUUGUUUGCCGAUUGCACCGGCCAGAACGAUGAAAUUUGGCGGCGGCCGAACGGAGUCAUCGAGUGAAGAUCUGAACAUGUUUACAGGAGGUCGAGAUUCAUCGCGUUUACAGUCAUCAAAGAAGAGGUUUAGAACAAAGUUCAGCAAAGAUCAAAAGGAUAAGAUGAUGGGAUUUGCUGAGAAGUUGGGUUGGAGAAUCCAGAAACAAGAUGAUCAAGAAGUGCAGCAAUUUUGUGGUGAAGUGGGAGUUAAGAGACAGGUUUUCAAGGUGUGGUUGCAUAACAGUAAACAAGCUAUGAAGAGAAAACAAACGUAAGAAAAGUAGCUAACUCGUUA